ACGAGCACGAUGUGCAGAGCUUCUACGGCAACGAGAGUCACACAGAUCACUUCCGGCUCCUGCAGCGUGACGGCGACUACAUUCUCGUCGGUGCCAGAGGGUUCACUUCAACGUCAAUCCGCUACGGGUUGUUCUAUGAAAUCAUUUCUAGAAUUGUCUGGUACUCAACUGACAGCGAUAGCAGCAUGUGCUUCAACAAGGGAAAAUCUGAGUCUGACUGCCAGAACUACAUUCGUGUGCUCGCGAAGAAGAGUGAAGGAGAGUUCCUGGUGUGCGGCACUAACGCAUAUAAGCCUUUGUGCCGCGACUACACAGUGCAGAGUAACGGCUCCCUUACUUAUGUUGAGGAUACUGGCGUCGGAAAAUGUCCCUUCGAUCCGCGACACAACUCCACCUUCGUCUUUGCCGCCCCCGGGUUCGUGCACUCGUUCGAGUACGGCGACCACGUGUUUUUCUUCCUGCGGGAGACGGCUGUCGAGUACAUGAACUGCGGCAAGCUCGUGUACUCGCGUGUAGCGCGCGUAUGUAAGCGCGAUAACGGCGGGGGCGUCGCCAUGUACCAGAAUCUCUGGACGAGCUUCCUAAAAACCAGACUCAAUUGCUCUGUUUCCGGAGAGUUCCCUUUCUACUUCGACGAAAUCCAGUCGACGAGCGACGUGGUUGAAGGUCUGUACAACGGCGAGCCUCAUUCGUUGGUGUACGCGAUCUUCAACACUCCACCGAACUCCAUCCCUGGCUCGGCGGUGUGCGUGUUCAGCAUGAAGGAUAUCCAAGAGUCCUUCGCGGGUCGCUUCAAGCACCAGGAAACCAUGAACUCGAACUGGCUACCUGUUCUUCCACAUAAGGUGCCGGAGCCCCGGCCGGGCGAGUGCGUGAACGACAGCAGUAGCUUGCCGGAGUUCAACCUGAACUUCGCGAAGACGCACCCGCUGAUGGACAGAGCCGUGCCCGCCUUCUAUAGCCGCCCGCUGCUCGUCAAGGCCUCUUUCGACUUCAAGCUGAGCAAGCUAGCCGUGGACCCGCAAGUGCAACUGCUCACGUCAGGCUUCGUGGACGUGCUCUUCCUCGCUACAGACUCCGGCGUCAUUCUCAAGAUGAUCAACGCGCUCGCCCCGCACUCUAAUGAGCAAGUGGAGAGCGUCAUCAUCGAGGAAAUUCACUUGUUUGACGAGCCCACGCCGGUCGCUAACCUACAGCUGGCGCAACAGACCACCGGAGAGACGAAGCUCAUCGUCAUCACCGACGAUGCCGUGACAGCCGUCCCUCUGCACCGCUGUCACCGCGCUACUUCUUGCAGCGACUGCGUGGCACUCCAGGACCCAUACUGCGCGUGGUUCGAGGGCGCCGGAGUUUGUGCGUCCGCUCACAGCAACCUCAGCAAACCUGUCUUCCAGAACGUCACGUCUGGAGUUCAUUAUCAGUGCCCCAAAAAGGGCGAGAACAGUCUGGAGCCUGUCGAUGCGCCGUCGCCUGUUGCUGCGGCAGCUGCUACCGGGGAUGUGUCUGGGGAAACCACGACUCCCCCAGCGAUGUGUCCCCCAUGCCAGUGUGCUGACUCCCACUCCUUCCCCGCACCCCAUGCUUCUCCCCCACACUUCACCCCUUCUCUCACAACUCACCCUUUAAUGGGGCUACCACCAAGGGGCCCCGUUGGUACCUCUUCGGGGGAGGUUGAGUACCCUGCCACCCACCUACUUCCCCCACUGCUUAGCCCCCCAGGUUCCAACGAUAUUAACGGAUACACCAUAAGCAACGAAGAUCCCCUGGUGAGAGGAAUAGCAGUGGGGGGAGGAGGACGUGGUGGUAAGGGCCUCUACCUCCCCUCGGAUGAAGACACCAGGAGUACCUAUGCUGCUGAUGAGAUCGGCAUUGUUUUCAAGGAUGGAAAAACGCUCACAGGUAUGCCGAGUCCAAUGUGUCUUGUAAGGUGCCUACCAAACAUGCUCAAAGUCACUGUCGAAAAUGUUGAACUAACUGGUAAAAUUGUAAGGUGCCUACCAAACAUGCUCAAAGUCACUGUCGAAACUGUUGAACUAACUGGUAAAUGCUCUCGUGAUGGACUAACUUGCUGCAUCAAAUCACUAGUGCUUGAACAAUUGCUCAAGCUGCUAAUGCUCAUUUACACUGCUACUCUUUUCUCUUGCUUGAACGGCUCAAAGGUUUCUCUGAUCCGACUAAUGACACUCCAUUGCAAUGAUGCAGUGAAAGCGUUCUGUUCGUCUGAAGGCGCGCCCAUCUACUCGGCUGAGACGCUGGCCAUCGCCGUGACAACGGCGUGCGUCGCCGCGCUGGUGAUUGGCUUCAUCUUGGGCUUUUUGUUCUCACGCAAGUGUCGUGGCGACGAGUACUCUCACUCCUACUCCGGCACGCCCUACUUAGAGUCAAAACUUAACAAGUGCGACAAUCUGGUUCAGACAGCAGACCCUAACAUGUACUCCUCACACACCAACGGCAAGCAGUUCAAUAACCUCGUCACUACUUACAACCCCAAAAACAUCAACGGUAAAUCCAACGCAAAUACAACGACGACUGAUGUGAAACCAGCCAAGUGUGCCUACAUCUAAGCCCCUUCUAUCACAUUACGUUAAUUCGUGAAUUAAUUAUUGAAUUCACAAACCAGUGAAUAAAAAUGGAUCGACGUCAGUGGACGUCGAAAAUUAAUUAUCUAAUUCACAAGCUGCCUCAGCUUGUUUCCACGUAUCCCGUUGAGAAAAAAGGCUGUGCUUUGUUGGUAUAAAUAAAAAAGGUAGUGAGGUAACAAGCGUCUCUGAAACUGAUGGCUAAAUUCAUUCUUGAUUUAGCGCGAGCGUAUUGAGUGAGCGUGCACUUCCCACUACCUUGUAACGAAGCAAAUGAUAUUGUUAUGGAGUCUGUACCAAUUAAUUCAAGUUAGUUCUGAUAUGUGAUAAUAUGAACCAUAAUUAGGUAUUUAUAAAUCUCCUCACAUUGGUCAAUUAAAAUUUUUAAAUUCAUGACGCCAGAGUUCUUAAGAACUCUCGAUUAUUUGUUAUUUGACUUUUCGGAGUAUUCAAUAUGAAGGAUAAAUAAGUCACUAUCUCGUUGUGGCACACGAGACAUUGUAUUAAGUCCAUUGUAUAUAAUAAACCAAGUGCAUUAUUAUUGUGUCUUGUUGAACUCUGAAUGUUACUAUGUUACACAAACUCUAUCUCUUGUGGAUUAGCGUUGUGCAUUUAUUGCCUAGGGAAGAAGUGAAAACAAUUGCACCGUGUGAAAAGUGUAAGCGUUGUUGAACUGACGUAAAAAGGAAAACGUUAUUGAACAGAUUUGUGCUGUGAACGUUGAAUAUUGUGAUGAAAUGAAUUUUUGCCUGCAGUUAAAGCCCAUAGAAAUUUUUAUACAAACGUGAUUUGAAGAAAAGGAGAAUAGUGCUUGUGGAAAUAAAUGGCUUCAAACUUUUCGGAUGAUUCCUUGGAAGUGCCUUCGUCGUUAAAGACAGUGAAUUGGUUCCUAUGAACUGCGCCUAUUUUUCCGAACAAUUUAAAUAAUUUUCAUAUUGGUUACUGUGUCUUUAUAUUUAAAAAAAUUGCCUCUAGGGUUCAGUGGACGUCGAAAAAUUUUCCCGGUCUUUAUUUAAACAAUUCAUAAUUUGUAAAAUUAUUCGAAAAUCCUCAUCAGAAAUCCGUAUUCUAGGAUACCGAUUGAGUCGCUUUUUAACUGGUAACAUAAAUAUAUUCAUAUAAUAUCCUUCAGAUGUUCUGGGAAUAUUGCCUACACGUUUUGGAUUGAUCAUCCGUGGAGACGCUGAGACGUUGUCAGCCGUGUCAACCUUAUGUUUAAUGUGCUCGUCUGUGCUAUCAAGCACCAAGCUCCCUUUUAUAUUGUCGUGUAAAAUAUUUCAUUAGUUUUAAUUAUCUGCACCGACUAACUCGCUCAUCCAUCAUCUAUCAUAUAUUUCAGCCAAGUUCUUUGUUUGGAUCGGAAAUAGAAGUAACGAGUUUUAAUAGAAUUCUGGAAACAUCAUCAGAUUAGACCUCAAAAACAAAAAAGUUAUGUUAGUUUACAUUUUGUUUUGAGAAAAUGUUAUUUCUUGGUCAAAGGCUUAUUGGGAUAAUCGUUUUUAGAGUUUUCGAAAACUUAACAGUUCUGUUAGUUUACAUUUUGUUUUGCGAAAAUGUUUUUUCUUGGUCAAAGGCUUAUCGGGAUAAUCGUUUUCAGAGUUUUGCUCCUGAAAUUAUCUUUUUGGAAAGAUUUUGCGCUCAUCACCGCAGGUGUCUGUAAGUAAAGACGCUAAUCUACUCAUUAGGAGAACAUUUUAAAUGUCAAUUUUUUGCGCGCGCAUUUCAGUAUUCCAUCAAGACUUGGAUUUCAUCACUUUUUUUCACUAACUUUUUCAUGCAUUAAUGAAUUGUGUAUAUAUCGUCAGUCUUGUAACAGUGGCUAUCGUAGGAAAAUGCCAGUAAACGAAAGAUCUUGCAUUUAUAAUUUGCACUUGAAGUCAUACCGAAAGCUUAUACAUAAACAAUUUCAGGCUACCCAGGUUGCGACGAUGUUCAGCUUUUGUUGAAGUGUAGAAACGGAGUUAUUUUAAUUUUUGCAAGAAAUUUUUGAUUUGAGAGUCGCCUGGGGAUUGGAUUCAUUGACUGAAAGAAACUAGUUCGUUUAGUCACAAUUAUGUUAUUGAAUCUUUAUUCUGCCUGAAAUUAGUUAACCCCAUUUAGGUAGCUAUGCAUUUUUCGUCUCCGUUAAGCCGUCAAAGACAAACAAUAGAAUGGCGCGGCUGGGAGUUUGAAUGUAUAGGAACGAUUUCUAGUUCGUUUUUGUGGCAGAGACGCAGGGUCACAAAAAACUCUGAGGCUAUUUCCGCAUUUAACCUGCACAGAUUCGUCUGUUUUUUCAAGGGUUGAUUUUUUAGAUAAUAUUAUUCUCAUAUUCUCAAUAAUAUUAUAUGGCCCAUUGAUUUUCUUCGAGGUAAUACCCGACAAAUGGUAGCUGCAAGUCGAGUGUUGGAGAGGAAAUUUUUAGGAAAUGGAAAUGGCAACGUAUGUGUUUAUUUUAUCCCAUACUAGAUUGAGUUAUUAAGUUUAUAGCCUCACUUAAUAAUUUACUUACAUGCUUCUGAUAUAUUAAUUGGAAUAUAGCGCGAGUUUUUUAUUAUUUUGCUCACAUGUAGCUUCGGUCAUGGCUUUUAAUGAAUCUCAAUGUGCAUCUCAGUUUUAUAUGCUCAAUAUGAACAUUUAUCCUCUAUUUCUCAAUUAAUUAUUUGUUAUAUUGUGGUUUGAAUAUUUUACCGUCCUUUUGCUUGUCGUUCAAGCUUCGUGCGUUUGUUAUAGCUCUUUUGUCGCAAUUAUUAAGACUUCAUUUCUUGUCUUGAUUUUUUUUCUUUCUAUCGUCGUAAAUAUUUUUUUUUCUGAAUAUUCUUGGAUGUCUGAUGGAACUGCGAUUUUUAGGAUUGUCAAAGCAGAAAGGUUGAAAAUUCCAUUAAGAGAUCUCGACUCCAAGACUUGAGAGACACGUUUCGAACGUAAAAUAAACUUCUUAUGACCAAUUUUUCUUAUGAAAAGCAAAGAAAAGGCGGUUUAAAUAAUUGCUGUAUUAAUAUACAUGUAGCAAUCAUUGCUUGCUGCAUGUAUAUUGCAACAAUUUAUGCCGAUCUUUUUGUAACAUUUCCCACCAAGUGUCUGCUCUCAGUAUUACGCAAUCGUCUCGUUUCAGAGUGUUAAACUAAUUUACGAUAUUUUUGUACUCGUAUACACUUUUGUACAUUAUCUUUUGGCUUAUUUAGGGAAUUUGAACAUUUUUUCGAUAACUUGGGUAAACGCGUAGUGAUGGAAAUAAUACUGUGGGAUUUAAACUUUUUUUCUUAGUUUGAAUUUUUCUGAAAUUGGUUAAUGUCUGCCUAAUACAAAUGGAAUUAAUGGAUUCUAAAUGAUCCAGUCUAUCGGAAUCAAGUUGACUCUGGGUUAUUAUUCUCAACUGAUCAGUAAUGGUUAAGAAUAUAUUCUCGAUCAUGAAUUUCUAUUAGAAGAACAUAAUUCAAGCUAAUCUUUGUAGGAUUCUUUUUGACGGGUUCGUGUUGUAAGGAAGUUGUAUAAUGUGCCGUAUUGAUCUCAAGGUUUCUCUAGCUCGCUUUGUGUACAGGAUAAGUAAAGGUUCAUGAUGAUUGAACACUGGAAAAUGACUUCUUGUUGAACAGAUUUUAGGGUUCAAAGGGGAUUUUUAUUUUUCUCGUGUAAUUAUCUUAAAACCCUUCUAAUUUAGAGUUCAUUUUUAACUUCAAUCAUCAACUUGAGUGGUUUUGAAACCCAGGUUUCGCUUCCAUAUACGAAUCGAAUAAUUGUUCUACGGUCUAAAUUAGAUGGUGAAAUUGAGGAAAAUAGUUUGUAAUGUUUAACCAAUAUUAAUUAACGAUCAAAUGGAUUGUUGAAAUGACAAAUUUAGUUUUAAAGGGAUGCAAGAAAUUAUUGUAAGCACAGAAUUAACGUAUUCUU